UUCAACACCAAUAUUUUAGCAUGAUCCUAACGCAAUUGUCAUUCUGAUUGGUCGUUUCAUUCUCAUCUGCGAUUUUGGUGUUUCCGUGUAAGAACGGUAAAACCGACUCGUAGAUGAACUCGUCUUCCAAUUCCUUCUGUUCUUAUUUUUCUUCUUAAACUUUAUAUUUUGUGUAAGCAGAUGCCAUUCUAAUCCUAUCGUAUCAUAUUCCUAACAAGGAUCCCGAACCCCAACGCUCAUUUCAAGCCAAUCACCUGUACUCACCUUCCUUCCAUGUUCUGUUGCUAUUCCCACUUGCCGCCAAUUGCAUCUUCUCUGGAAAUUUACGAUUUCUUCUAGGUUUGACCCCUCCAUCUUCAUUGACUUCGUACAACAACCCCAAGCAGGUUUGCGAUUCUGUUUUAUUUAUCGGAUUUCUUCUGUUCCCAUUCAUCGAGACGGAAAACUCAACAAAUCUGGGUUUCGCCAUUUUCGUUCUAUUUCGAGCAUUUCAAUCUCAAAUCUAGGUUUCGGUUUGAUUUGGGUUCUAGGGUUUUUUUGAGUCUCGCUCUCGCGUCAUGGAUUCUGAACUGGUUAGAAGGGGGUUGGGAUUCUCUCAGAGAAGAAAGAAAUGGCUUAUUCUAUUGACUGUCAUGGGGGUUUCUGGUUACGGUGCUUACAAGGUCUAUCAUUUGCCUUCUGUCGAGAGGAGGAGGAAGAAGUUGAUGAAGCUCUUGGGCGCCAUGAUUUCCGUUGCUGAAAUGGUUGCGGAUUCUUCUGAAGCUAUUGGAGUAGUUUCUAAGGACUUGAAGGAGUUUCUGAAAUCUGAUUCCGACCAGAUUCCCAACAGCUUGAAGCAAAUUUCCAAAAUUGCGAAAUCUGAGGAAUUUUCGGAGUCUCUGGAAAAGAUCACCGAGGCAUUUACGAUUGGAAUGAUGAGAGGUUAUAAAUCUGUGUCAAAGAAUGAACAAAAUGCGGAGGCUGGUUUGGCGAAUUCGAGCUUUACUUCUGAUGUCGUUGAGAAGCUUUUCUCAACAGCUGGGACUGGUUUUGCGUCUGUUGUGGUUGGAAGUUUUGCAAAGAACUUGGUUAUGGGAUAUUACUCGAUCCCUGGAUCAGUUGAUGAUGCAAGUCGAAAUUCAAGUUCUUACAAAUCUGGAUCUGAAUUUCCAGACGUGCCCAGAUGGGUAACUGUGGCCUCCAAUGAGAAAAGCAAAAAUCUUAUAGCGAAUUGCAUACAAGUUUUUGUUAGCACCGCAGUUGCUGUAUAUCUUGAUAAAACAAUGGAUGUUAAUGUGUACAAUGAUUUGUUUAGUGGAUUGACCAAUCCCACGCAUCAGGACAAGGUGAAGGACAUGCUUGUUUCUGUUUGUAAUGGCGCUGUGGAAACUCUAGUAAAAACAUCUCACCAGGUAUUGACAAGCUCGCGAUCGCCUUCGAAAUUGAGUCCGGUUUCAUCCUGCAAUGGACUGUCGAAGAUAGGAGACAACCCCUUUUCUGAAGGAGCAUAUCCAAAGAAGAUGGCCAUGGCCAGCUCAAAUGAGGAUAGCCAAAAUGGGUGGGUUGGCGCGGUUUCAUCUACUUUGGCAGUUCCUAGAAAUCGUAAGUUUGUGCUUGAUUUAACUGGUAGGGUGACCUUUGAAACAACAAGAUCUUUUGUGGAAUUUUUGUUGUGGAAGCUCAUGGAUGGUCUGAAGAGAAGUCUUGAUAUAGUUCAUGAUGAAGUUGUGGGUAGGGGAUUGCAAGUCAUCAGAUACUUCAGCGCUAAGUCUUCUGUCCUUGUUACAAUUUGUUUAGCAUUAUAUCUACAUGUUUUUGGUGGCACCAGACUUCUGUUACCUGCAUAAUAUAGAGCCGGAUGAAGUUAAAGCAAGCCACUUAGAUUAGAAAGUAUAUACCAUUGUUGCACUUAGGGAAGGUUUUGUACUUUCUCCAUAUCAUUCAAAUUUUAAUGACGAUGAUACUUCUUGAACAAAUAUAUAUAUGAGAACUAAGCAAUGAGUGUGCCUAGACCUUCUUGUUGGAGCAAUGGGAGUCAAAUCACUGACAACGAAACUACUUCCACCUUUUCUGUCUAUUUAGAUUGUAAGGUUUUGAAGCUCAUGUCUGUGAUUGGGGCAGUUUGACAAAAAAUACAGUAUUCCUUAGAUAGUUUGCAUUGCUGCAAUGAUAUAAAGGCGUGUUAGCUCUGAUUCUCUGGUUUUUCUACAAGAUGCUUUCCAUAUGUUCUAAUAUGACUUGGAAACAUAAUGCAAUUUCAUCCAUUGUUCAAAAUACUCAAUGGAUCAUAGCAAGUUCUCAAUGAUGCAUGUUUCAUUCUCUUUCUCUCUACUUAGCAUGGCGUACUUUAGAAUAUAGGCAGCUUCAUGUGAUUUUUAUUUUUGUUUCUCAUAAGACGUACAAGUUUCUUUGUCUGUUGAGCUGUCCACAGAGAUCUCUCCAAUUAUAGCUGUUCUAUGAGAACAUGCAAGUCCUUGCGAAAAGCUCAUAUUAUUUUAGCAUUCCUCACUAGAGGACAGAUUUUGUUGUUCUUGGCAUGUGGGCUACUCAUCCUGUUAAGCUUGUUCUUACAGAACUAUUUUGCAGAGCCCUAGGCUAUUUUCAACUGUAUUGCAGAUCACAAGGAGUUUUUUUUUUUUCUUCUUUCUGAAACUAAAUGGGAUGUUCUUGAUAAGACUGCGCACACCAUAUUGGAUGUCUCGUUUGCCAGAUACUGAUGCAGGGGGAGGGCAACUUCCUCAACAUACUCUACACCGACAAUGGAUCAAGUUCUUUCCAAUUGGCAUUUCUUUUCCAGUAGGUUUGCUCAUAGGUGAGAAGAAUUAUGAAGAGAGAGAGAGAGAGUAGAAGCUGAAGUGAGAAGGAAGGAUGAUAGGGCAGCUGCCAGCUAUAAGAGGCGGCAAAUACAUUCGUGCAGGCCCCAUAGGACCAUUGAGGGGUCGGUAGAAGAUGCUUGUUUGGAACUUAUAAGCUGCUAUUGCUUGGAGCUUUCAUAACUCUGUCUCUGUCUCUGCCUCUGAUUCUGAUUCAGCCACAGACAGCGCUUCAAAUUUGAUCUUUCAUGGCUGCCAUUACUUCCACCUGCAGUAGCUUCUUCUCCAUCAGAUCAAGUUCUAUGGAGCCAAGAGUAAGAACUUCUUCACCAAGCCAUGCCUCUCCAGCAUGUGGGAAGCUUGAUGGUGUGGCAACUUGGCUCAUCAAUGGCUUUGUCACAGCUUUCUUUGGAUCCUUGGAACGAUGCUCUUGUAUUCGUAUUGCCACGGCUGAGGAUGACGGCGAUGAGGCAAACGACACCCCCUUGAUUCCAAACGACGGGAAUCUUCAACAGGACGGCGCUGCUGCUGGCCGGAGGAGGACUGUUAAAGGCAAGAAGUGUCAGCCACUUGUAGAUGCAAUCUAAUGAGCUGCUUCUUAUCUUGUAUAAUCCAAAUCAAAAAGCUCCUCCUUUUCUUGGGUAAGUGAUAUAUAGGAGCUUCUGAAUCUGAGAAAUUUGCUGCUUUUUUGUAAGUUUUGUGGAGAUGAAAUCAACCCAAAUUACUGCUUUAGAGUCUAAAUUAAGAACUUGAAUGUCUGAACUGCUUCAAUUCAUUCUCAA